GAUUGCUAAAGGCUGUUCUCUCCCCUAGUUUGGUAACAGACGAGACGUGUGUUGGACAAGUGGAGGCGUUGUUUUGCUACUGUCAAGUCAAGCGAGCUGUGAGGGCACGUGUCUGAGGUUAUAUUUUUUGGAGACGUGGGGUGUUGCCUUCCCCAGCCCCUCCCAUCCCCCCCGUUAUGUCACUCGUACCGGCACUGUCCAAGUGCUCAGGUGGUCCUCCUUGGUGGGCUAGAAGACUUCAGAACCUCCAUGGGUGCACUGCGACGGCGGCGGUGCCUACGGUGGUGGUGGGCCGCACCUUUAAUACGAGUCCUGUGCAGUCAACAUGGCAGACCAAGUCGGCAAUAGGGCGCCGUCCUCCCGUUUCCAAAUCGCAAAGCCUUGCCAGGCAACUCUGUGUUGCCCAAGGCGGGCCGGGUCAGGAGAUUAUUGGGCUGGCUAAAAAAAGGCCCAGCCAGUCGUGGUGGCUGCCGGCGGAGGUCCCUGUGCGCUGGCUGCACCUCGAGCCAAGGCUAUGCGGUCGUCUUAGGGUCGACCCGUUGGCCCCCAUGACCCUGUUGUCCUCCACAAGGCUGUAUGCAACACACCCAGGAGAACGCACACCUGGGAAACAAAACGCAACCUCAGUUGGCCAAAAUGCUAAAUACCCAGUCCGUGGCUCAGGAAGAGCAGUCCCUGCUGGCCUGGAGGGGGCUCAGCUGGCUAUGGGCGUGUGGUCGAUGGGCCUGGGAGCUGUAGGCGCCGCCAUCAUCGGCAUCAUCCUUGCUAACACUGAUCUCACUCUGCCCAGCUCCACCAUGGCCUCCCUAGACUACCUGGAGGAAGCAGACCUCAAGAGCACCACCGAUGACUCGCCCAGCUUCAAAGCCAAGACGCUGUGGGAGAAGUCUGGAGCAGUCAUCAUGGUCGUCAGAAGGCCUGGAUGAUUUUUGUGCAGAGAGGAGGCCUCUGAGCUGUCCUCUCUGAAGCCCCAGCUUGAGGAGCUUGGGGUCCCCCUCUAUGCCGUGGUCAAGGAGAACCUCGACACAGAGAUCCAGGACUUCAGACCGUUCUUCGCUGGGGACAUCUUCUUAGAUGAAAAGAAAUCCUUCUACGGCGAGCAGCCGAGGAGGAGUGGUGUGGGGGGCUUGUUCCGCGUGGGGGUGUGGUCCAACUUCAGGCGCGCGUGGAAGGGGGGCUUCGAGGGCAACAUGAAGGGAGAGGGCUUCAUCCUGGGUGGGGUCUACGUCAUCGGAUCAGGGAAGCAGGGAAUACUGCUAGAGCACCAGGAGAAGGAGUUUGGAGACAAAGUCGACAUCCCGUCUGUAUUGGAGGCAGCUAAGAAAGUUGUGGUUGAGAAAAACUAAAGCUGAUAUAAAUUUGUAGCCGUUAGUAUUUAUAACAGUUCGGUAAGCAACUUGUGUAAUGAAGGAAUGUGUCUAAUUUUGGGAUAACAGUACAGUACACUUAGUGAUCACUUAGCAAGUAUGACUGUGACUACACACAUGGUUUACGCAAUAAUUUAUAAUCUGCACACGGGCUUUACCUUGCUAGUAACAAUCUCAGUCAUCAGCAAACACCAUGUGCAUGUGUGUGUGUGUGUGUAUGUGUGAACUGAAGUAAACCUCAUUACUUGUAGUGGACUGCUGUGUGUUGCCACAUGCCCCAGCUUAGUGACCCUGGGUAUUUCUCAGGGUGCAUUCCAAUAUGCGACCUUGCGUCCUCCACUUGUGCUUGUGGCCUCAUACCAGGAAGUAAUUAUUACAUCACUGACAAGACAACAGCAUUAUAUUUCAAUACCUCGCGGGGCGAGGCCACAAGCACAAGUGGAGGACGCAAGGUAGCAUAUUGGAAUGCACAUUCAAUGUGAAGUGUACUAGCCUCGCUUGGACGAGUAAUGCCUAUUUUUCACGGAUUUCACCAAAGAGUAUCCAAUAGCUAGUUCUAAGUGUAAUUAAUAAUUGAAUACAUCGGGCGGAAAAAUGGGCAUUUACUCGCCCUAGCAAGGUUAAGACUCUUCACUUUGAGAAAUGCCCCGUUUUUGGGGGAGAAAGGAAGUCAGUCAUAAUCACUUGUGUCACCUAUUGUCGUUUUCUCUCAGUGUGAAAUGGCAGUAGGUGCCAGUAGUGUCUCCUACUAUUUAACAUUCCUGUUUAGAUCUGACUGCACUUAAUGAGCCAUUCCCCACCACCCUCUGCUGUCGUUACGUUGUCUAUUAUAAUAUGAACCUGCCUGCCUGGCUAGCACACCUGUGUGUUGUUGUGUGGCUGCUGCGGUGGCGUGUUGUCGGACCUCGCCCUGGGGCGUGUGAUAAUGAUAGCUUGCCCGGAAACUCCUGCGCGGAGGGGGCAGGCUUGAGGAAACCCCACACGGCCAGGGCUCUGCUCGUCCGGACCGCACGCAUGCAGCCAGCCACACACACUUCACCAGGACGACGGCUCACCAGGUGGAUAUGUGUGUGUGUAUGAUCCUUGCUGACUAAUAAAACUGACCUCAUAAUGUACCAUAAUGCACCUCCGAGCUUUAUUUCACAAUAUUCAGAAUUGUGGUUGUUAAUAA